GCAUGGAUUCCUGGUUUCUUCUUGUUCUGUUUGGCAGUGGACUGAUACACGUCAGUGCCAGCAAUGCUACCACAGUUUCACCUUCCUUGGAAAUUACAAGAUCAAUUAAAGCAUCAACAGCAGAAUCAGUCAAAGAACAGAACAGAACUUCAAAUCCAACCUCAUCAGUAACUUCUCUUUCUGUGGCACCAACACUCAGCCCAAAUAUAACUUUGGGACCUACCUACAUAACCACUGUCAAUUCUUCAUACUCUGACAAUGGGACCACACAAUAUGUAAGCACCGAUUCUGUAGGCACUACCAUUUCACCAAAUGCAACAUGGCUUCCAGAUCACCAAUUUACAGAUGCCAGAACAGAACCCUGGGAAGGGAAUUCCAGUACUGCAGCAACCACUCCAGAAACCUUCCCUCCUUCAGGUAAUUCUGACUCGAAGGACAGAAGAGAUGAGACUCCAAUUAUUGCAGUGAUGGUGGCCCUGUCCUCUCUGCUGGUGAUUGUGUUUAUUAUCAUAGUUUUGUACAUGUUAAGGUUUAAGAAAUAUAAGCAAGCUGGGAGCCACUCCAAUUCUUUCCGUUUAUCAAAUGGCCGCACUGAGGAUGUGGAGCCCCAGAGUGUGCCACUUCUGGCCAGGUCCCCAAGCACCAACAGGAAGUACCCACCCCUGCCUGUGGACAAGCUGGAAGAGGAGAUUAACCGGAGAAUGGCCGAUGACAAUAAGCUCUUCAGGGAAGAAUUCAACGCUCUUCCUGCUUGUCCUAUCCAGGCCACCUGUGAGGCUGCCUCCAAAGAGGAAAACAAGGAAAAAAAUCGUUAUGUAAACAUCUUGCCUUAUGACCACUCUAGAGUCCACCUGACACCUGUUGAAGGGGUUCCGGAUUCUGAUUACAUCAAUGCUUCAUUCAUCAAUGGCUACCAAGAAAAAAACAAAUUCAUUGCUGCACAAGGACCAAAAGAAGAAACAGUAAAUGAUUUCUGGAGGAUGAUCUGGGAACAAAACACAGCCACCAUUGUCAUGGUGACCAACCUAAAAGAGCGAAAAGAGUGUAAGUGUGCCCAGUACUGGCCAGACCAAGGCUGCUGGACCUAUGGGAAUAUCCGUGUGUCUGUAGAGGAUGUGACUGUCCUGGUGGAUUACACAGUACGAAAGUUCUGCAUUCAGCAGGUGGGUGACGUGACCAACAGAAAACCACAGCGCCUCAUCACUCAGUUCCACUUUACCAGCUGGCCAGACUUUGGGGUGCCUUUCACCCCAAUCGGCAUGCUCAAGUUCCUCAAGAAAGUGAAGGCCUGUAACCCUCAGUAUGCAGGGGCUAUUGUGGUCCACUGCAGUGCAGGUGUAGGGCGCACUGGUACCUUUGUCGUCAUUGAUGCCAUGCUGGACAUGAUGCAUACAGAGCGGAAGGUGGAUGUAUAUGGCUUUGUGAGCCGAAUCCGGGCCCAGCGCUGCCAGAUGGUGCAAACAGAUAUGCAGUAUGUUUUUAUAUACCAAGCCCUUCUGGAGCAUUAUCUCUAUGGGGAUACAGAACUGGAAGUGACCUCUCUAGAAACCCACCUGCAAAAAAUUUACAACAAAAUCCCAGGGACCAGCAACAAUGGAUUGGAAGAAGAGUUUAAGAAAUUAACAUCAAUCAAAAUCCAGAAUGACAAGAUGCGGACUGGAAACCUUCCAGCCAACAUGAAGAAGAACAGGGUUUUACAGAUCAUUCCAUAUGAAUUCAACAGAGUGAUCAUUCCAGUUAAGCGAGGUGAAGAGAACACAGACUAUGUGAAUGCAUCCUUCAUUGAUGGCUACCGGCAGAAGGACUCUUACAUUGCCAGCCAGGGCCCUCUUCUCCACACAAUUGAAGACUUCUGGCGUAUGAUCUGGGAGUGGAAAUCAUGUUCCAUCGUGAUGCUAACAGAACUGGAGGAGAGAGGCCAGGAGAAGUGUGCCCAGUACUGGCCAUCUGAUGGCCUUGUAUCCUAUGGAGACAUAACAGUGGAGCUGAAGAAGGAGGAAGAAUGUGAGAGCUACACCGUCCGAGACCUCCUGGUUACCAACACCAGGGAGAACAAGAGCCGGCAAAUCCGACAGUUCCACUUCCAUGGCUGGCCUGAAGUGGGCAUCCCCAGUGACGGGAAGGGCAUGAUCAGCAUCAUUGCAGCUGUGCAGAAGCAGCAGCAGCAGUCCGGGAACCACCCCAUCACUGUGCACUGCAGCGCUGGGGCAGGACGGACAGGGACUUUCUGUGCCCUGAGCACAGUCCUGGAACGAGUGAAAGCAGAGGGGAUUUUGGAUGUCUUCCAGACUGUCAAGAGCCUGCGGCUGCAGAGGCCACAUAUGGUCCAGACACUGGAGCAGUAUGAGUUCUGCUACAAGGUGGUGCAGGAAUACAUUGAUGCAUUCUCAGAUUAUGCCAACUUCAAGUAACAGGCGACGAGGCCCCAUGGACAGGAGAAUUGCCUUUAAUAUUUUGUAAUAUUCUGUUUUGUUAAUAUACCCAAAAUUGUGUAUAUAUCUUAUAACUGUUUUAGAAAUUGGUACAUAGCUUCUAUUACCUAUUAGGUGGAGAUUUUAUAUGUAAAUGUGUUAGCACUGAUAGUCCUUUUUCCAAUGUUUUAUUGGGGAAUUAAAUAGUGUGAUGUUUGAUUGA